AUGGCUACCCUCGCACCCCCCGGCGCUGACAAGUCGCACCCGAGCGCCGCCGCACCGAAGAAGACGUCCCUCGCCCUCGGCAACCUCCCGCCGAAGCAGCAGGGCUUUGGCACGCAGCAGUACCCCAGGACUCCCUCGAGGGUCGACCCGAACAACCCUCCAUGGCCUGCAUACCGUGGCUAUCACACAUUUUCGUUCGCUCACGCUACUAUGGGCGUCCGCCUCCCCACCAUUCUCGGCAAGGCUAUUGACGACGUUGUUAAGACCCUGAACGACGAGUACGACGAGGAGCGUAUUAUCGACCUCACGGAGUGCAUCUCGCGCAUGGAAGACCUCAUGGACGACCUGCAGAACAACGCCCAGCUCCGCCCCAUCAUCGACGACGGAGAAGGCGACAUCCCCCUCUGGAACCGCAUGCUCGCCAAGUACUUCCGCGGCAAGGACUUCAUGAACGCGCCGUGGCUCUUUGCUGAGGCGUACAAGUACCGGAGGCUCCACGAGUGCUUCUCGCUCUCCAAGUACUGGAAGACCUACGACGUCUUCUUCCGUCAGAAGUGCGAGACGUUCUCCCGCUCGGGCGAUGCCGUCUUCGAGCUCUCGCUUCGCUUUGCGGAGCCGUGGAAGCAGGCGGAGGGGUUGUCACAGGAGAAGCAGCUCGAGGCGAAGAGGCUCAUGUUCCACGAGCUGACCCAGAUCUGCUUGUGGGGCAACUCGACCGACUUGUCGCUCCUCAUCAACAUGACGGAGGAAGACAUCAAGAAGCUCCAGUCGACGGGUGGAGACCACCUCGCAGCGACGGAGCAGAACAUCCUCGGCAACGACCUCGGCCGCGUCUGGGAGUACAUAUCGUCGUCGCGCUUCGGUUCGGCAGGAAAGGGCGGAAGGCUCGACUUUGUCCUCGACAACGCCGGGUUCGAGUUGUACUGCGACUUGGUCUAUGCCGACUGGCUCCUCCAGAGCGGGUUGUGCAGCAAGAUCGUCUUCCACGGCAAGCGCUUCGCUUGGUUCGUCUCGGACGUCACGCGCCAGGACUUCGAGUGGCUCCCGAACAGCAUGGUCUACGGCCACCUCUUCCCCAACGCCUCGGACGAGGAGCUUGCGUCGCUCAAGCAGAUGGGCCUCAGGUGGAAGCAGUACGUCAAGGAGGGCAAGUUGUCGUACCAGCAGCACGCUUUCUGGAUCUCUGGCUUCACGUUCUGGUCGCUCAAGGACGAGGCGCCCGAUCUCUUCCUCGAGCUGUCUAACUCGGACCUGGUCAUCUUCAAGGGCGACCUUAACCACCGUAAACUUUCGUAUGACUGCGCUGCUCCGAGCUCAACACCCUUCGACGUCGCGAUAGGGCCUUUGGCCACCGAGUCGGGAGCUCCCCCCGUACUCUCCUUGCGCACCGUCAAGUCAGACGUCGUUGUGGGCGUUCCGCAAGACGUGGCAGACCGUUUGGACAAGGAGGAGCCUGGCUGGCGCAUCUCGGGCAAGUACGCCGUCGUGCUCUUCUCGGAGGGUCACAAGGGCGAGCCCAUCUCGUUCGCCUAG